GAUUUUACAGAAUAACUUUUAUUAAAAGCAAUUGUACAAUUUUUUUUCAUAAUAUCUAUUUUACUUUUGUUUUAUUGCUUAACUGUGAAUUAAAAUAAUAUUUUGAAUCUAUGUUAGUUAUCUAAUGUUAAAUUUAAUCGUAUAAGUUUUACUAAUAUACAAGAGAAAUAUCCGUUUUUUAACAAUCGCAUCACUAUUAGUUUAAAAAAUUACACCGUAUAAUUAUUACAAAAUAUUUAGUAUCUUUGUAUUGAAAAGUUUUGUGUCUAUUAAAAUGCGCAGUUCAUUUUUGGAGUAGCUCUUUCAUAAUGUAUAUUUUGUAAUUUCGAUUUACAUAAACGUGGUUGUUAUUUAUAUUCAUAGUCUAUUUUACGAACAUUUAUGGCUAAUAAUCAGAAUUUAUCAUCAAGUGCCCACAGAGCCCUUGCACACGAGUACAAAAGUUUACAGGAAGAACCGGUUGAGGGAUUUAGAGUCAAGUUAAUUGAUGAUAAUUUAAGAGAAUGGGAGGUAGCAAUAUUUGGACCACCAGAAACCCUCUACCAAGGAGGAUAUUUUAAGGCACAUAUGAAGUUUCCAGCUGAUUAUCCAUAUUCACCACCAAGCAUUAGAUUUUUAACAAAAGUAUGGCAUCCUAAUGUUUAUGAAAAUGGUGAUUUGUGUAUUUCAAUCCUUCAUCCACCAAUAGAUGACCCUCAAUCUGGUGAAUUACCUUGUGAAAGGUGGAACCCAACCCAAAGUGUCAGGACAGUAUUGCUCUCUGUGAUUUCUCUUUUAAACGAACCUAAUACAUUUAGUCCAGCUAAUGUUGAUGCUUCAAUAAUGUAUAGGCGAUGGAAAGAUUCUAAAGGAAAAGAUAAAGAAUAUGAAAAUAUUAUAAAAAAACAAGUAGUGAGUGGAAGAUUAGAAGCUGAACGUGAUGGUGUUGUAGUUCCACUAACAUUGGAAGAUUAUUGCAAAGUUAGUUCAACUGCUCGUUCUUCAACUUCAGCAGCUGCAAUGGAUAGUGAUUUUUAUGUAGAAGACUAUGAUUUAGAUGUUGAAUCAGAUGCAAAUUCUGAAGAUGAUUAUCAAGAUGAUGCAACUGACAGUGGCAAUGGUGAAUCAUGAAAUAAUUAACUGUCAAUUACACAAAAAUAUAUAUUAUUAACUAAAGUUAAAGACCUAAUAAAUAUGGACGAAAUGUUGUCUGCACUGAACAAAAUCAUUUUAAGCUUUAUUGAAGUAAUGGUAAAUGAUCAAUGAUCAAGCCGCGCCUUAUGUGUAAUAUAUAUAUUAUAUAAAUAUGAUUAGGCGAACUGUGGUCAAUUUUUCUUCAGGCAGCUCUAGAUUCUGCAAUUAAUAUCUAUAUAUUAUAUAAAAAUUAUAAAUAUAUGUUUAGAUAACCUUUUUUAAUUACAUGAAUAAUUUUUGUAAUAAAUUUACUAAAAAAAUGUAAUUUAAUGUA